AUGUCUUCCAACAAUCAAACAGAAAUCGCUCCACCUUUGAUUUCAUCAGACCAACCAAAUGCAACUGAGAAAGACAAUGAUUCAAAAGUAAUUAGAAGUAAUUUAAUUAGUCAAGUUGAAGCCAACCGACAGAAAACCAAAAGGCUAAAACAGUUGAUAGAAGAACGUCGAGUAACUGUGGAUGGAAGACACAACUAUAUAAUUCAGACGUUAGCUCAAGCUACACAGCUGGAAGCACAACAAAUCACUGAUGCUUUAUUAAUGGAUGAUAAGUGGUCUGAAUUCGAUGCAUUCUUUCAACCCAAAGGAAGCCGAAGAUUAUUGUUUUAUUAUCAAGAAGCUCCUGGACAAUCUAGAAAAAGAAUAUUUAUUGCUUCUGGGACACAUGAAGUGCUACGUGGUGCAUGCUUCAUUUUCCUACGGAUUACAGACAAAGCUAUCACGACAGCAAAUAUUGGUACAGAAGUAUCAUUUCAACAACUGGAUGCUACAGAAGGACGUUUAUUUGAAUCUGUACAAAAUUAUCUAGAAAGGCUUGCGUUACCUGUAUUUGAAGGAAUAGGGGAUUCAGAGACUACUGACCAAACUUUACCUGAAACAGUAAAUAUGGAAGAGUUUGUCACAGUUAUCAGGCGUUACCUGGAUGCACUAUCAAGUGCCAGAGAAAAUAUGAGUGAUAAGAUAGACCUAACAGCUGGACAAGAAUCUCAGGCAGCAAUACAAAUUAUCAAUACAAAUGAAAUUGAAAAUAUUAUUGACAGUUCUGAAACAAUGGAUCGCCUAAUUCGAUUAGUUGAGAAGUGGGUAAAUCAAAUUGAGCAAAUAUUAAACCAGUCGGAUCAAGUACGUCGAGAAUCAGAUGACGUGGGGCCAUCAGCUGAGAUGACCUACUGGAGAGCUCGUUUGGUUCGUUUCACAAAUCUAAUAGAAGAGAUGCGCAAUCCAAGUAUUCAAGCUAUUAUUUCUACUUUACACUAUGCAAAAGCGCGUGUAAUCAAACAUUGGCGCGUAUUGGACGAUCGCAUAAUAAAUUGUGUCAAUGAAGCGAAAGACAAUCUGAAAUAUCUUUUUACACUAGAUAACUUCUUUGGUUCAUUUUCUAAUACAAAUCCAUCGAAAAUCCGUCAAGAAUUACCUGCUCUACUCAAUGCUAUUCGUAUGAUUUAUAGUAUUUCGGAGUAUUACAAUAAUUCGGAACGAAUGACUUCCUUGUUUAUUAAGAUAACAAAUCAAAUGAUUGUUGCAUGCAGAAAAUAUGUAACGGACGGCGUUAGCCGAAUAUGGGAUCUACCAAGAGAUGUUUUGUUUGAUCGAAUAAAUGAAUGCAUUCAGUUAAACGUUGAAUACCAAGAAAAUUUUCGUAAAGUUCGACACAGACUCCAAGAAAACCCAUCAGGAAGACAAUUCGAUUUCAGUGAAAACUACAUAUUUGGUAAAUUUGAUGUGUACACAACAAGACUUAAGAAAAUUUUGGCAAUACUUGAAUGCGUAGAUAAUUUCAGUGUCCUGUUAGAUUUUAAAGCUGAAGGCAUUGAACCUGUAGUUGUCCGCUAUAAAACAUUCUACGAUAGUCUUCGUAAGAGAAAUUUUGACGGAGCUGAUCAAAUAAAGCGUGAUUUUGACAGAGACUUGGAUGAUUACAAAAGUCAAUUUGAUACAAUUGCACAACAACUUCGUGAUUUUCUUGAUACAUGGUUUAAACAACCUGCUCCAGUCGAACGUCAACUGAGAAUUCUAGAAAAUUUGAACAAAUUAAAGGUUGUAACCUAG